AUGCCGCCCGCCAACUCGGACUUGGCAACAACAUGGGCGUACCUCGAGGAGGGUGUUGACCAUAUCAUGACGAAGCUGCAGACAGGAGUAUCGUACUCCAAGUAUAUGAGCUUGUACACGGUGGCAUACAACUAUUGUACUUCGUCCAAGAUGCAUGGCUCAGGAGAGCAAGCAGGUUUGGGCCACCGCAAUGGAGCUAAUCUGAUGGGAUCCGAUUUGUACAACAAUCUCAUCCGUUAUUUCGUCAAUCAUCUGAAGACAUUGCGGGUGGAAUCUGACGCCCUCCAGGAUGAGGCGCUGCUGCGAUACUAUGCAGCAGAAUGGGACCGUUAUACGACGGGAGCAAACUACAUCAAUCGUCUUUUCACCUAUCUGAACCGGCACUGGGUGAAGCGGGAGCGGGAUGAGGGAAGAAGGGGUGUAUACCCAGUGUACACUCUCGCUCUUGUACAGUGGAAGUCUAACUUCUUCUUGCAUGUGCAAAGCAAGCAACAGAAGCUUGCGGGCGCCAUUUUGCGACUAAUCGAGCGACAACGAAACGGCGAGACCAUUGACCAGGGUCUUGUCAAGAAAGUCGUAGAUUCCUUUGUGUCGCUAGGUCUAGACGAGGCCGAUAUCAACAAGGUGUCAUACGAAGUCUACAAGGAGCAUUUUGAGGCACCAUUUUUGGAAGCUACCGAGAAGUACUAUCGCCAAGAGUCAGAGGCAUUCCUCGCCGAGAACUCCGUCGCGGACUAUCUUAAGAAGGCAGAAGAGCGUGUGCGAGAGGAAGAGGACCGUGUUGAACGCUAUCUCAAUACAAUUACCAGAAAGCCACUCAUCAGCAAAUGCGAACAUGUUCUUAUCCGCGAGCACUCUCAGCUCAUGUGGGAGAGCUUCCAGGAGUUGCUCGAUUACGACAAAGAUGAGGAUCUGCAGCGCAUGUAUGCGCUUCUGGCGCGGAUACCAGAGGGCCUCGAGCCCCUGCGUAAGCGGUUCGAGGAGCAUGUCAAGCGAUCCGGUCUCGCUGCUGUGUCCAAGCUGGUCGGAGAGGGUGGUGCCAGUGCCGCUGAUAACAUCGAUCCCAAGGCGUAUGUCGAUGCGCUGCUCGAGGUUCACCAAAAGAACUCUGAGACGGUCACGCGGAGCUUCCGUGGCGAGGCCGGAUUCGUGGCGAGCUUGGACAAGGCGUGCAGGGAGUUCGUCAACCGCAACGCCGCGACCGGAUCUUCGACAACGAAGUCGCCAGAGUUGUUGGCGAAGCAUGCGGAUGCGCUGUUGCGCAAAAACAACAAAAUGGCGGAGGACGACGACCUGGAAGGUGCUCUUAAUAAAGUGAUGAUCCUAUUCAAGUAUAUCGAUGACAAGGAUGUGUUCCAGACAUACUACACGACGAAGCUAUCCAAACGUCUGAUACAUGGCGUUUCUGCAUCCGACGAGGCGGAAGCAAGCAUGAUUUCCAAGUUAAAGGAGGCUUGCGGUUUCGAAUACACUAACAAGUUGCAACGCAUGUUCACGGACAUGAGCCUUAGCAAGGAUCUUACGGAUCAGUUCAAGGAGCGCAUGCAGCAGAACCAUGAUGAUAUGGACCUCAACUUCAGCAUCAUGGUCCUUGGUACCAAUUUCUGGCCGCUUAAUCCUACUAACAGCGAGUUCAUCAUUCCCGCCGACAUUCUGCCUACCUACGAACGUUUUUCGAAGUACUACCAGCAGAAACAUUCUGGUCGUAAGCUGACUUGGUUGUGGAAUUACUCGAAGAACGAGCUGCGGACGAACUACCUGAACCAGAAGUACAUUCUCAUGACGAGCUCGUGGCAAAUGGCUGUGCUUCUGCAGUUCAACAAGAACGAUACCCUUUCGCUAGAUGAACUCGUAGCCGCAACAGCCAUAUCGAAAGAGUACCUGAAGCAGGUGCUGGCGGUGCUGGUCAAGGCGAAAGUUCUGGUCAACGAAGAACCCGACCAAUAUGAUCUGAACCCAAACUUCAAGUCUAAGAAAAUUCGUAUCAAUCUGAACACGCCCAUCAAGGCGGAGCAGAAAGCGGAGUCGUCUGAGGUGCAGAAGAUCGUCGAUGAGGACCGCAAAUACGUCAUUCAGGCCACCAUCGUCCGCAUUAUGAAGGCACGGAAGACCAUGAAGAAUCAGCUGUUGAUCCAGGAGGUUAUCUCGCAGAUCUCGCAGCGCUUUACGCCCAAGCUGCCCGAUAUCAAGAAGGCCAUCGAUCACUUGCUGGAGAAGGAGUACAUUGAGCGGGUUGAAGGCACCAGGGACAGCUUCGCUUACGUCGCCUGAUUUCCUACCAAUGCCGUUUUUUGUCAUAUCUCCUUCGUCUCAAUAGCUUGCGCGCUAGAUUUGUACAUCGUAGCAUUAUAUACUGUCACCCAUUCAUGUGUUCUUCAUGC